AUGCUCAAACAAGCAUUGAAUAUGACCAGAAGCUUCGCGUCAUCCACCCGCAAAGGUGACUUGUUCAAGUACCAAUCGCAGCUCCCCAAAUUGCCCGUCCCGGCCUUGUCAGAGACCUGCACCAAGUACUUGAGAUCCGUGGAGCCAUUCCUUUCCCCAGCGCAGUUGGCGUCGACGACAGCCAUCGUUGAGGAGUUUGCUCGUCCUGGCGGAAAGGGUGAGACCUUGCAGAAACGCUUGCAGGAGUUCGCCGAGGGCAAGGACAACUGGUUGGCCGAGUACUGGGAUGACUAUGCUUACAUGUCGUACCGGGAUCCUGUGGUGCCAUACGUGUCUUACUUCUUUAGUCACAAAGAUGUCAACAAUGCCAUUGGCAAGAACCAGUUGUAUAAGGCAUCUUUGCUCGCAUACUACACCACGCAAUUCUUGAUCGAGGUGGAGAACGAGACGUUGGACCCAGAAGUCAUCAAGGGAAACCCAUACUGUAUGAAUGCCUUCCACUACAUGUUCAACAACUCCCGUGUUCCUGCUCCUGGCAGCGACAUCACCAAGAAGUACAUUAGUGCUGAGCACCGCUACUUUGUAGUGGCCCUCAACAAUAACUUCUACAAGGUUUACCAUCACGGUAAGGAUGGCCAGCCUUUGUCCAAGGGCGAGAUCUACAAACAAUUGCAGUAUUUGGUAAACGUAGUCAACCCAUCUGUUCCUCGCGGCGAAGGUGUAGGUAUCCUCACCUCGUUGAACAGAGACGAGUAUUUGUCUACAUACGAGAACAUGUUGAAGUCGCCAGUCAACGCUGCCUCGCUAGAGUCGAUUUUCGCAAGUUCGUUCGUGAUUUGUCUCGAUGACAACGCUCCAGUCACCAUCGAGGAGAAGUCCAAGAACUGCUGGCACGGAGAUGGCGAGAACAGAUUCUUUGACAAGCCUUUGGAGUUCUUCAUUUCCAAGAACGGUAACUCUGGUUUCUUGGGUGAGCACUCUAGAAUGGACGCCACCCCAACUGUCCAAUUGAACAACACUAUCUUGCAGAAGAUCUCCAAGGAGAACACCUCCGAGUUCUUGGCCGAAGUCUCUGCCUCCGCUACCACCUCCGCUGAUGCCUCUGUCCCUGAACUCCCAAGCGUCUUGAACUUUGAUCUUUCCGCCCAAGCUAAGCAAGAUAUUGCUUCCGCCAAGGUGAAGUUCACCAACACAAUUGGUGCCCUUGACCAGGAGGUCUUCCAGUACUACGGCUACGGAAAGAACUUGAUCAAGCAGUUCAAGGUAUCUCCUGACGCAUACGUUCAGAUGUUGAUGCAAUUGGCAUACUACAAGCUCACUGGCAAGGUGCGUCCUACCUACGAGUCUGCUGCUACCAGAAAAUACUUGAAGGGAAGAACUGAGACCGGUAGAUCUGCCUCCGUCGAGUCGAAGAAAUUUGUGGAGACCUGGUCCGACUACAAUGCCUCUAACGAGGACAAAAUCGCCGCCUUCAAUGCUGCAUGCAAGCAACACGUCAAGUACUUGACUGAGGCUGCCGACGGCAGAGGCGUUGAUCGUCACUUGUUUGGUUUGCUGCAAAUGUUGAAGGAGGGCGAGGAAGUUCCUGAGAUCUUCAAGGACCCAAUCUUCAAGUACUCGUCCACCUGGUACAUUUCGUCGUCGCAAGUUCCCUCUGAAUACUUCCAGAGUUGGGGAUGGUCGCAGGUCAUCGACGAAGGCUUCGGUUUGGCGUACUUGGUCAACAGCGACUGGUUGCACGUCCACAUUUCCAGCAAGAAGGGCUUUGGUUUGAACUCCGCAUACUUGAAGCAGUAUUUGGUGGAGGCUGCCAACGAGAUGAAGACCGUUUUGUCGACCCAAUUGCCAGCCAAGGCUAAGCUCUAG